CUUUGCUGAGGGUGAGUGAACGCGGGAGGAGGAGGAGGAGUGGGCCCGGGAAGGAGGGAGUGGACUCGCUCAGAGGAAGAGGAGUCGCCGGCCCUUCCUCUCAUAGUUUCAGCCAGAGGAGGGGGUGAGAGGCGACGUCAGAAGAAGUGAACUCCCGGGGAGAGCGGUGGUAGCGCUCCCAUCUCCCCCACACCGUGACCCGGCACACAGUCCCCGCACAAGAUGCUGCAGACUGCUUACGACUACUUCUGGUGGCACAGGCUCUGGCUUCCUGUGAACCUGACCUGGGCCGACCUUGAAGACCAGGAUGGUCGUGUAUACGCCAAAGCUUCUGACCUGUACAUCUCCCUCCCACUUGCUUUUCUCUUCCUUAUAGUACGGUACAUCUAUGAAAUUCAUGUGGCCACCCCGCUUGCCAAGGUACUGGGUGUUAAAGACAAGGUGAAGCUGCGAGCGGUGCAUAAUCCAGUGUUGGAGACAUUUUAUAAAAGCCGCUCUAAACAUCCCAAACAGGGUGACCUAGAGAGCAUGUCUAGGGCAAGUAAGUUUACAGUUCGCCAGGUGGAAAGAUGGUUUCGGCGGAGGAGAAACCAGGACAGGCCAAGUUUACAAAAGAAGUUCCGGGAAGCCAGUUGGAGGUUCGCCUACUAUCUUCUUGCAUUCAUUGGUGGGCUGGCAGUCCUUAUGGACAAACCCUGGUUUCAUGAUCUCCGAGAGGUUUGGAAAGAAUUUCCUAAACAGACUAUGCUGCCGUCCCAGUAUUGGUAUUAUAUGAUUUCACUGGGAUUCUACUGGUCUCUACUCUUCAGAGUGGCAUUUGACGUCAAGCGGAAGGACUUUCAAGAGCAGAUCAUACACCAUGUGGCCACUAUUGUACUGAUCAGCUUCUCGUGGUGUGCCAAUUACAUACGUGUGGGUACCUUGGUACUGAUCAUUCACGAUGCCUCUGACUUCUUGCUAGAGUCUGCAAAGAUGUUUAACUACGCCGGCUGGAAGGAGACCUGCAACAACUUGUUUGUAGUAUUUGCUUUAGUCUUCAUCAUCACAAGGAUUAUUAUCUUUCCGUUCUGGAUUCUUCAUUGUACCUGGGUGUACCCUCUGGAGAUUUACCCACCUUUCUUUGGUUAUUACUUUUUUAAUGUCAUGCUGUGGGUACUACAAUGUCUACACAUAUUCUGGGCUUACCUUAUCCUUGGCAUGGCCCAUAAAUUUCUUACAGGCAAGCUGGAGCAAGAUGACCGAAGUGACAAAGAUGAAACUGACAUUCCGGAUGAAGACGACGAGGAACCCACCAAGAAUGGGUCAGUGUCCAAUGGUCAUACAGUGCAGAAUAAUAACCACCACAAGGCAGACUGACCCUGGAAUAGACCUGUAGCUGCUUCAUCCUCCAAAUAGUACUGGCUCCUUACUUCACACUACUGAAACCUUGGCAACAUCUCAAAGACCUUCUCAAAAAGCUGUGGAGGGUGAUGACUGAAGCUUCUCCACAGGCUGUUUUUUUUUUUUUGUUUUUUUUUUUACCUUAAUAAAACAAUAAACUUAAUCUCUCUACAUCUCCCUCCCUACAAGAAUAUGAAGCCUUCAUAUCGAUUGACCUAUUAGCCAAAAGUGCCUGCUGCUUAUUGGACAGGAGAGGAGGUUUCUGCUCAUCUUCCGGUGUUGCAGACGCUUAUGUACGUUCCAGAGAUGACUUUUGUUUCUUUGCAUUUGAACUGGAGAACGAGAGUUGUAUGACCUGGAUAGGGGCGAUGAAGGCGCCCACCUGAUUGCAUUGGUCAUGCUGAGUUUUGAUACCCAGUUCCAUGGGUUGAACCACUGUCCAUUGGAUGUUCCCUGAUUUUAGUUUUGUAAGAACAAUGCGCUUCGUAACCUUAAGCACCUCAGACUCGUGAUUUGCCAUGUUGGACACAACUGUUAGACUGACGACAAUCAAUGUGAAUACUGCACGUCCUACUUGUUGGGUGAUCGCCAACCAUUGUCUGUAAUUCCUUGUCAUUGACUCUGUAAUUUCUCAAUAGAUGAUUUAAUAGAUGUAUUUAUUAUAGUAAUUUUGAUUAUGUAUUUUCCCAUGCGGAUAACUGGAUUCAGUCCAAUUCCACACUCAUGAUACAGAUGUUCUUUUUAAACCUUGAGGUAGAUCAUGCUUCCAUUACGUUUUACUAUUGGCCGGCCUUGUUACAGUGAGGGCGGCCAUCUUUCUUGUGAACUAAUAAACUGUAACGUAAUAAAUAUUUGUAUAGAAAAUAUCUUGGUGAUUGU